GGUCGCGGCGCGGCGGCACCGGGAAGGGAGCGGCGCGCACCGGGAGCGCCAUGGACGCGCCCUCCGCCGCCGGGCUGGGCGGGGCCGACCCCCAGCUCCAGCGCUUCAUCGAGGUGGAGACGCAGAAGCAGCGCUUCCAGCAGCUGGUGCACCAGAUGACCGAGCUCUGCUGGGAGAAGUGCAUGGACAAGCCGGGCCCCAAGCUGGACAGCCGGGCCGAGACGUGCUUCGUGAACUGCGUGGAGCGCUUCAUCGACACGAGCCAGUUCAUCCUGAACCGGCUGGAGCAGACGCAGAAGUCCAAGUCGGCCUUUUCGGAGAGCCUGUCCGACUGAGCUGGACCCAGCCCCUCGCCCGUGCCCGCUCCGCUGCCCGAAGGAGCCAGGACCGGCUCGGGGCCGGGGGGGGGGGCGGUUAGGAUUUAAUUAAACGCCAGUCUCGGGGAAGUUGCAGCCAGAUGAGAGCCCACGACAGACACGGGGACGCUCCGCGUCGGGGUGAUGUGCUGCUCCCGGUGCCGUGCGGGGAGCGUUGGGAACGCGUCCCCUUGGCUGAGCACAGGGGCUGCUGCUGCUGCUGGUUUCACGGAUGCUCCCGGCGCUGAUGGGAAGCUGGGCUCUGGGUCGCUGCCUUAAACAGUGCUGCACAAACCAGCCCCGCUGGGCACAUCCUCAGCUGCCCCCGGGCACCGUGGCUGCAGGCUGGGACGGGCUCCCUUGAGCAAGAAGAGCGUGUUGGGAACAGUGAUCAUCCCAGGCAGUGCCACUGCUGGAAAAUACUUCCAGGCUUCCAUAGGUAAAUCAUUCGUAUGGCCAAGUGACCAAUUUUCACACUGCAGCACAACUCUGUCGAUGCUGAUUUGCUCCAUUAACUGCUUUCCCUGGGUAAAUGUAAUAAAUAUUAACUGGGUCAAUUUUUAA